ACCACUCAUUUCCGCCUCUGUCUAUUAGACCCGGGUAAAACACGAGCCACUUCCCCAUAGACAAUACGGUAUAUAUAGUAUAGAUAGAUAAUAUAUUUAAACCUAUGACUUUAUUUGCUGUUUAUAUUUUAAGUUCUAUCUAUUGAUUUUUAAUUGGUACAUUAGUUUUGGCACAUCGUUCAUUAAUUACAUACUUAAGAACAACUGAGACUAAACGUAUCUCGUGCACAUUAGCAAUAAUAUGUUUUUAAGCGAAUGUAAAAAACUUACAUUAUUCUGACAAAUUUUAUUUAUUAAUUAGUACUUCACAAUUUAGCUUAUCUACUAUUCGCUCUCGUUUGCUCUCUGUCGUCUAAAAUGAACUGGGUUGGCGGGUCGAGGAGCCGACUUAUUUUGAAGAAUGAUACAAAAAAGCAGCGUGAGUUCUUUGAAAAGAGGAAAAUGCAAAACAAAGUGAAAAACAUGGGGGUUGUGUCAUCAGCCUCCCCUAAAGGCGUCACUUUUGGCAGCAUGGACCUCUUGACACUAUUUGUUGUCAACCAGAUUGCUGCAAAAAAGGAGCAUACAGAUCCUCCUCUAGUAUCAGUGCCGAGCUCCAAAGGAAGAGGGAAGAAGCGGGGAAUGGAACCCUUAGUGCUCCCGAUGAGCCCCUGUUCUCCAUCACAGCUGAGUCUGGUUGAUGGCCAACCUCAAUACAGCAUUCAAGGAGAAAGGAUGAGACAGAUUGACCCACAAGCGGUUAAGAUUCGGAAAUUGUCACCUGUUCUGGAGUCAGCCUACUCAGACAACAGCGGGUCAGACUACCUGCCGCCAAUAGUGGAUCCCCUCAGCCCCUUCUCGUCCUCGUCCUCCUCCUCAGGUCAAGGAAGAUUCUCCCUGCAGUUGCAAGCACAGCCACCCUCUCAGUGGCUGCCUUCACCUUGGGACACAUCGGGUCCGGAUCAGAACACGUUUCAGCCUUACUUUGAGCCCAGACUGAUGACAGAAGGCAUCAAAUGGUCUUCUGGUUCUAACCUGGCCACACCCCCAAAUGCAAAAAUAUUCGUGGCCAGUAAACACUCAAGACAUGAAGUCACCCUUCUGCACCAAGAACAGGAACCCAUGCAGGACUUCACUGUGAACCAGACGAGAGGCGAGCAGCACUUUGAAGAGGACGUCUUUCAGGGCUUGAGCACUGAAGAAUAUGAUGGUAUUUUGAGAUUAAGUGGUAAAGCUACGCUUUCCUUCACAUGCAUUUGCAUUACAGCUCUUUUUGGGAGUGAAAAAACAAAGAUACAUCUCAAACAGGAAUCAGCAGGUCAAGCUUCAACACCACAAACUGUCCCUGAGCCACAGGUCAUUGGUGUGCAGUUGCCCAACUGCAGCAACAUGCACUUUUCAUGUCCUGACUACCCAAUGGAUGGCUAUUCACCAAGCUCCUCUUGUAGAAGGGGUUUCCUGAGUUCAGACUCCAGUGAUAGUGAAGAAUGCCAUCAGCCAUUGGAUCAAGCCUGUUGUUCAGACACUACUCCCCGCAUAAACCAACAACAGAACUGGGAUUGUCAAACUAUGGUGAAGAAUGACACCAUAAAAAGUGUCAACACAUCUCCAUUAGUGUCUCCUCACCUGCGAGCCCCAACUGAGAGCUCAGAAAGGUGCACAUGCAAGAAAACGCGCAGGGAAAUGCGAGAAGCAGAAAGCCAAACCACGCAAGAAAUGUGUGAUGCUGCGAUUCAGUGCAGUCUUCCGUCAGAGAACAGAGACCCCACUUUGGCCUUAUACCUGUCACCUGUUGAUGUGUCACUACAGCCAGUGUCCACCAGGGGGCAGACUGGUUGCACAGAUGCUCCAAUAGCUAGCAAUGGAGGACGCAAGACGAGGAACUCAAACACAAACGCAAGUAACAACAAAUUAAGGCUUUUCCAAGACAUGAUGCGGAAAAUCAACAGCAAAGAGGUGCAGCAGCAUGAGGUCACAGGGCAACAAGACAGUCUGGAGUGCACAUCUACCACCAAAAGACUCUCAGAGGAGGCUGAAACACUUGAGGAAAUAGCCAACAUUUUGCUCCUGUUCAAGCAGAGAAAGGAAGAGGAAUGAUGAUGGUAAAGAUGACAUACCUGCUCCGUGCAUGUUGUCCUAAAUGAAUCGUAUUAACCUCCUGUUGGUGAAAUAAAAACUCCGAAGCGUUA